UUGAUCGCCCCGCCUUCUUUAGCCUCACAUACACAUACACACAUAUACUGACUGAAGCUGUAGCUAACACACACCGCUUGUCUAUCGAGUGGAUUAUUACUGUAUAAUAUCACACAUCCCGUCAGAGAAGAGACUGACAGGACUGCAGCUGCAAGUGUUUAUAGCAGCUCUGCAUCUCACGGCUCCAGCAUGUUCUCAUACGGCGGGAUCUCAGCACACAUCAGCGCUAACAGACUGAAGGCGGAUGGCGCAGGCUCUUUUGAGCAGGCUUUACACUUCCAGAACCAGGACUACGAGGCCCUCAGACAGGAGUGUUUAGAGGGAGGCUACCUGUUUGAAGACCCCUGUUUCCCCGCCGAACCGCCCUCUCUGGGCUUCAAAGAGCUCGCCCCGCACUCCUCCAAAACCCGAGAUGUGGAGUGGAUGCGCCCUACGGAGCUCUGUGAUGAUCCUCAGUUCAUUGUUGGAGGAGCCACACGCACAGACAUCUGUCAAGGAGCUCUGGGUGACUGCUGGCUCCUCGCUGCGAUUGGCUCGCUGACUCUUAAUGAAAGACUCCUUCACAGGGUUGUCCCUCAUGGCCAGAGCUUUCAAGAUGACUAUGCUGGAAUUUUCCACUUUCAGUUCUGGCAGUUCGGUGAAUGGGUGGACGUUGUGAUCGAUGAUCGGCUCCCGGUCAAAGACGGAGAGCUCAUGUUUGUCCAUUCAGCAGAGGGAAAUGAGUUCUGGAGUGCCUUGGUGGAAAAAGCCUAUGCUAAGCUAAAUGGCUCUUAUGAAGCUCUUUCUGGAGGCUCUACCACUGAGGGUUUUGAGGAUUUUACUGGAGGCGUUUCAGAAAUGUACGAGCUCCGGAAAGCUCCAAGAGACUUGUACCGAAUCAUCAGCAAAGCCCUGGACAGAGGCUCCCUGCUGGGCUGCUCUAUUGAUAUCACCAGUGCCUUUGACAUGGAGUCUGUGACAUUUAAGAAGCUGGUAAAGGGUCACGCUUACUCCGUGACUGCUCUCAAACAGGUGGAGUACAGGGGGCGGAUGGAGAGGCUUAUCCGCAUCCGUAAUCCUUGGGGUCAGGUAGAAUGGACCGGAGCCUGGAGUGAUAACUCUCCUGAAUGGGAUGAGAUUGAUCCAUCAGAGAAGGACGACUUGCACUUACAAAUGGAGGAUGGAGAGUUUUGGAUGUCAUUUGGUGAGUUUUUACGUCAGUUCUCCCGGCUGGAGAUUUGCAAUCUGACCCCUGAUGCUCUGAGUGACGAUGAUAUGAGCCACUGGAACACCAUCAAGUUUCAUGGAGCCUGGAGGAGAGGAAGCACUGCAGGAGGAUGCCGAAAUCAUCCCAACACGUUCUGGAUCAAUCCACAGUAUAAGAUCACACUGCUGGAGGAAGAUGAUGAUCCGGAGGAUGAAGAAGUGGCCUGCAGCUUCCUGGUGGCUUUAAUGCAGAAAGACCGCAGACGGUACCGCCGCCACGGACAAGAUAUGCACACUAUCGGUUUUGCAAUUUAUGAGGUUCCUGAAGAGUACACAGGCUGUCAGAACGUGCACCUUAAGAAGGAUUUCUUCUUGAGCAACUCAUCAGCUGCUCGAUCCGAGACCUUCAUCAACCUGCGGGAGGUGAGCACUCGCCUGCGUCUGCCUCCUGGAGAAUACAUCAUCGUCCCCUCCACCUUCGAGCCCAGCAAAGAGGCCGAUUUUGUCCUGAGAGUCUUCACCGAGAAACAGUCCGAGACCGAGGAAUUGGAUGACGAGAUUUCAGCUGACCUGGAGGAUGAGGAAGAAAUUACAGAAGAUGACAUUGAUGACUCCUUUAAGUCCCUGUUUGCCCAGCUGGCUGGAGAGGAUAUGGAGAUAUCUGUUCAUGAACUCAAGACUAUUCUCAACAGAGUAGUCUCCAAACACAAAGAUGUGAAGACAGACGGCUUCAGCAUGGACUCCUGCAGAACGAUGGUCAACCUCCUGGAUAAAGAUGGGAGCGCACGUUUGGGCUUAGUCGAGUUUCAGAUCCUCUGGAACAAAAUAAGGAAGUUGCUGGGGAUCUUCAGAGAGUUUGAUAUUGAUAAGUCAGGAACUAUGAGCUCUUAUGAGAUGCGUCUCGCUGUAGAAUCAGCAGGCUUUAAACUCAAUAACAGACUCAACCAGAUCCUGGUAGCCAGAUAUGCAGAGAACGAGGCCAUUGAUUUUGAUAACUUCGUCUGCUGCUUGAUCAAACUAGAGGCCAUGUUCAGAUCUUUUCAACAGCUGGACAGAGAAGAAACAGGAACGGCUGAGAUGAACCUAUCUGAGUGGCUCUUCAUGACCAUGUGUGGUUGAGGUACAGCGUUUCACGAAUGUCCAACACAAGAACCUGCUGCGAAGUGCCUCCUCAUGCAACAAUCCUGCUGUAACCUCACUACAACAAAGUGCUACUUUAUUUAGACAAAAAAUCAUAGAACACAUUGUAGCUACACUACAAGAAAACACACUAAGAGACAAAAGGAUCUUCACUCAGCGCUUCAGUUAUGACUGAAGGAACGGCUGAGGAACAUCAUGUGCAUGGGAUUAAUAUCAAGUGAGCUUCAUGUUUUGCAUUUGUCCUUUAAGACCAAUAUUCAGUUCCAAAAGGUUGAAUUCUGAUAGUGCCAUAUGAAAGAAACUGCAUGUUCAUCUAAAGGUGAAUAAUGCAUCCCAGUUAAAGCUUUAGAUGCACAAUGCGGGAAUGCGUAGAUAUUAUUAAUGACCAGAGCUUCAGAAUAAACUUAUUUUAACAUGCGUAAGAAACGUUUUUAUUUCAUAUUAUGCUCUGAGAAUAUGUCUUCCUAAACAUAUUGGUGUAGAAUUAAACUAGCAUUUGAUUGGAUUAAUGGUAUACUACACAAUUUAGCCACAUAUGUGUACAGAACAAGUACUGUGUUGUUUUAAUCCACAUUACAUGUAGAUUUUAAAUGGAAGCGUCUACUUUUAUAUACUUUAAUUUGAGCCAAUCAGUAUUGAUUCUGAUGCCAAGAACAAUCUUUCAUUCUGUGCUGUUCAGUUGAUGCAUGAAUAAAGCUCCACUACACUUAUUGCACCUCAUCUAA